GCCAAUGGGGAAAACAUAAGUGCUUUCCUGCUGCAGAAGAAGCGUUUUGACAUUCUCAAUGUUAGAGAGCGAGCUCACCAGCUGGUGGUAGCAACUAUUAUGUGAGCUGGGAAAAGGAACAGCUUGUGGCAACUGGUUUUGCCGCUGCUUUUUGAGUAAGAUACUCGGCACCAUUGUCGCUGCUAAGUGCUUCAGCGAAUCUCCUUUCGGCGCUGAAGCAUGGCUGCGGCUGCCUUGUCCUCAACCCAGUUUGUCAGGAUAACGAAUUGGGCACCUGAGGCCGCCAUACCAAGAAAUACUGGCUGCAGCGCAGAGUUUCCUCCAGCUUUGUCGUGGGGAGGAUGUGAGCGCUUGGCUGAUGGCAGCAAUAGGAUGCUGAGGAAAGAUCUGCCAACUAGGCAACAAUGGGCGAUCAAGCAAAAGGGCCGGCAACCUGUGUGGCGAUGCAGCACAGUGACCAUCAGUCAGCAGCAGGCUCAGGAGACAGCACCCGCAGUCCCGCGCACUGCACCAAGGACCAACAUUCGGCUGGCCCUUCCAAGCAAGGGGAGAAUGGCAGAGGAGACAUUGCAAUUGCUUGAUGACUGUCAACUCACAGUCCGCAAAGUCAACCCUCGGCAAUACGUUGCCGACAUCGAUCAGCUGGAGCAUGUGGAGGUUUGGUUCCAGCGGGCGUCUGACGUGGUGAGGAAGAUCAAGUCCGGUGACGUGGACAUUGGCAUCGUCGGAUACGACAUGGUUUCGGAGUAUGGCGAGGGAGAUGACGACCUUGUUGUCAUCCACGAUGCUCUUGGGUUCGGCGGGUGUCACUUGGCUGUCGCGGUCCCAACUUACGGCGAGUUCGGCGGAGUCCACAGCCUAGAAGAACUUGCGGCGAUGCCGCAAUGGACGGAAGAAAACCCGCUGAGAGUCGUCACUGGGUACAACUAUCUCGGGCAAAAGUUUCUGAGUGAAAAGGGCUUCAAGCACUUUGCGAUCUUGACGGCGGACGGGGCGCUCGAAGCAGCACCGGCGAUGGGGACGGCGGACGUGAUUUUGGAUCUGGUGAGCAGCGGGACCACGCUGCGGGAGAACAACCUGCGCGAGCUGGUCGGCGGCAAGGUGCUGGCGAGCGAGGGGGUUCUCGUGGCCAACCGGCGAUCUCUAAUGGAGCGGGACGGAGUCAUCCAGGCGGUCAAAGACAUUCUCGAGAGGCUCGAAGCACACCUGCGGGCGUCUGACAAGUUUUCGGUCGUCGCAAACAUUCGAGCAGAGUCGGAGGAAGACGUCGCUUCGAAGAUCCACCAACACACCGACUUCCCGGGCCUUCAGGGCCCGACAAUUAGCCCUGUGUACACGUACGACUCCGCCAGCGGCAAGGCCGUCCACAACUUUUAUGCGAUCACAAUUAUCGUACCAAAGCCGCGGCUCUACGACGCAGUACAACAACUGCGAGCGAUUGGAGGGAGCGGCGUUCUUGUCUCCCCACUUGUUUAUAUUUUCGACGAGGAACCACCUAGGUGGCGGCGCUUGUUGAAAGAGCUGGGAUUGGAAUCGAAAUUUUGAGGCGCCUGGAAAGCUGAGGUCUAACCGGCAAGCUUUUGUUCAGCCAAAAAUUGGCCGACCGCCCCAUUGCACUCACCUCUAUGGUCAACAAGUCUUGAAAGUCCGGAAAUGCAGUGCUUUCGAUCGAGCUCUUCAUUCCAACUGGUUUUCUGGGCCUCGGAUGAUUGAAUUGCAA